ACUAUCGUUUACAAGGAUACCCGAUAGAACGGCACUAAUAGAUCCUCGUUACGCUGUAGGCUUCGUUUUGUAUGUUUGCUGCAAAUGUAAAACGAUGUUUUAUGCUGAAAAAAAAAAAAAAACACUGACUAUAUUUCCCGUUUAGGUUUGCUCGUGGUCAAACGACUGUUCGCACGAGCACGCAUCACACGCUUGUCAUUUCGAAGUUGCACUGCGCAGUUGUAGCCUACCAAUUUCAUGUGAAACGAAACCAAGUAGCCUAGCCUAGCCUGUUUGAAACUCGUGAAGCGAUACACGUCUCAAAAGAAGAAUGGCAGAAGCGACUCAAAGUAACCAGGACCUUUUUAUAUGUCCUGUUUGUCUUGAUCUCCUUAAGGAUCCAGUCUCUCUUAACUGUGGACACAAUUAUUGCACGGGCUGCAUUAAGGACUGCUGGGAUCAGGAAGAUCUGAAGGGAGUCUACAGCUGCCCCCAGUGCAGACAGACGUUCACUCCGAGACCCUGUCUAAACAAAAAUAAUAUCGUUGCAGAGCUUGUGGAGCAGUUCAGGAAGACCAGAAUCCAAGCUGUUGCUCCUGCUCCUGUUGUAGGCCUAUGUGCUGGACCCGGGGAGGUGGAGUGCGAUCUUUGUCUUACUAGAAAACUCAAAGCUGUCAAGUCCUGUUUGGACUGUCUGCUGUCUUACUGUGAACCGCAUUUGGCACUUCACAAUCAGGUACACCCUGGACGAAAACACAAGGUGGUGGAUGCCACUCCGCUACAGGAAAGGAUCUGCACCCAACAUGAGAAGAGUCUGGAGGUGUUUUGCCGCACAGAUCAAACUUGUGUAUGUUUGCUCUGUGUGAUGGAUGAACACAAAGGCCAUGACACUGUGUCAGCGUCUGCAGGGAGAAAGGAGAAAGAGACACAUUUGGGUGAAACCCAGGAGAAUUUCAAACAGAGGAUCCAGGAGAGAGAGAAGGAGAUGCUGGAGCUGAGGAAGGCUGUAGAGACUCUCAAGAGUUCUGCACAGACAGCAGUGGAGGACAGUGAGACGAUCUUCACUGAGAUGAUCCGCUCCAUUGAGAGAAGGCGCUCUGAGGUGACAGAGCUGAUCAGAGCUCAGGAGAAGGCUGAGGUGAGUCGGGCUGAAGAACAUCAGAAGCAACUGGAGCAGGAGAUUGCUGAGCUGAAGAGGAGAGAUGCUGAACUGGAGCAGCUUUCACACACAGAGGACCACAUCCAUUUCAUCAAGACUUUCCAGUCACUCAGUCAACCACUUGAGUCUUUAGGCAGUGUUAACCAAAACCCUUCUUUGGAUGUGAAGAAAUCGGUCUCUUCACUGAAGGAGCAGUUGGAGACUUUUUGUACGGAGGAAUUCAUGAAAAUAUCUGCAACAGUGACUGCUGUCCGGGCUAUCUUACAGACCAGAAAGGAACUCUUACAAUACUCCUGUCACUUCACACUGGAUCCAAACACAGCAAACUCAAAACUCCAUCUGUCUGAGGGGAACAGGAGGGUGGAGAACACAGAUGAGCUCCAGUCAUAUCCUGAUCAUCCAGAGAGAUUUGAUGUGUCGCUUCAGGUGCUGUGUAGAGAGGGUGUGUCUGGGUGCUGCUACUGGGAGGUGGAGUGGAGUAACUUCGUUUACAUAGCCGUCUCAUAUAAAAGCAUCAGCAGGAAAGGAAAGGGUGAUGAGUUUUGGUUUGGAGGUAAUGAUCAGUCCUGGAGGCUGCGCCUCUCCAGCUCCGGCUGCUCUUUCAUGCACAAUACUGAACAGACUAAACUCCCUCUAGUGGUCAGCUCCAGAAUAGGAGUGUAUGUGGACCACAGCGCAGGAACUCUGGCCUUCUACAGCAUCUCUGACACGAUAACCCUCCUGCACAGAGUCCAGACCACAUUCACUCAACCCCUAUAUCCUGGGUUUGCAGUAAGUCGUGGAUCUUCAUUGAAGCUGCUGUGAGCCACAUACAAGUAUGACAAAGAUUUAUCUGCACAUUCAUCAAUAUAUUAAAAUACAUAAUAUUAAUGAAUAUACAUCACACAAGUGGACUUGUUGCAUUUCUCAUAUAAAUGUGAUACACUGAAGUAUGCAUAAUAUCCACAGCUCUACAGUGAUAUACAAAUAAUAAUUUAUCAAAUUUAACAUUUUGAUUACACUACAUAGGCUCUACAAUAUCCUGGCCAGUGAAGUACCAUACCGUUUUCGUAUAUGGUGUAUCAGUUGCUGUUUUGACUGUUGUUGAUUCAAUGUAGCCUCCCUCAACGUACUCUUAUGAUCCUGGUUUGUGCCGAUGUUUCUUUUAAUCAAAUCCAUGGAGCAUGGAAAGGACGGUCAAAAUUGUCUUGUAUAUUUUGGAAAUACCAUCCUUGGAGAAUGUUUUUAGGAUGAAGCCCAUUUCUGUCUCUCUGACUGUGACAUGUGAAAUAAAAUAUGGAGAAAUGAGUGCCUGGGGCGUAGUGUCUCUGUGCCCUGUAGUCUUUAACUCAACCCCGUCUGAGAAAGGUGGAAGAAGAGAAGUGUGUUGUCCUCUCUCCACCUGGUUCCCUGGAGUCCUG